UUUAAAUGCAAGGACUAAAGCGUUACUCUUCAAAAUUGCCACUUUCAUACAUUCUUUUCCGGUGCAGUGUAACUCAAUUACUUGUCAUGUCUUCUGUAGUGUAGGAAAUGAAUUUAAAAAAAAAUAACUAUGUUCAACUCAAACUCCCAUCCAUCGACCGGAAAGUAUAAAUUGUGUUCGACAUUUUCUAAUACAAUGAGGAAAUAUAAGAAAUAUUGUUAUUCGUUUGAGAUAUGCAUGUAUGUAUACAUGUAUGUACAUGCAGAUUCAUGGAUAUGAAUAUGGGUUUUGUUGUUGCUGUUAUCAUGAACUUUAUUGUGCCAUUCGUAUCACAAACCAUACUUGUAUCUGCCGAUGUAUCCCACGAGACAUCAAGUAAUAUUACUAAAGGAGAAUGCACUGCUGAAACUGGUGAACUACGUUGUUGUUCUAUGUACUACUCACUACGUGGAAGAUGUCAAGAAUGUUCAUCAGGAACCUAUCGUUUCUUGGAAGAUAAUGACGAAAACUGUAAAGAAUGUGAAACAGGAUAUUACGGCAGAUUCUGUGCUUUCAGCUGUAACUGUCAAAUUGGCAAUUGCGACCCCGUAGAUGGAACUUGUAAGUGUGAAAGUGGUUAUGUCGAAUGUAACAAAGAAGGAUAUGAAGCAGGCAAAUAUCCAUCACAUGGCCCAGACCGAAAAAAAUAUGUUGCAAUUAUUGUUCCUGUAUUGCUCGUUUUAUUUCUUAUGUUGCUUGUAUGUACAGUCAGUUGGAUUCGGCUCUACAAGCGAUUUGUAUCGCAAGAUGGAGAAAAUGGCAGAACGAGACAACUUGAAGAUUCCACGACGAUUUCGUGUCUUAUAUAUUACAUAAAUAAAAUUAGAGUUAAAUUGAAACCAGCCGGUGUUACCGUUGCCCCUGCGCAUCACGAAGAAGACGGUAUUGACGGCCAUUACUGCGUCAUCAGGGAAUCGGCGAUGAUCCGGCCGUUAAACCCAGGACAUGUUUCAUUAUACAUAGAAGAUGGUGCAGAAGACGACAAAUAUAAUCAUUUGAAUUCAAAAAUCGAGAGAAAGAUCACAGAUGUGUACUUAAACAAUGGCAAUAUUUACACAAAAAUACAAAAUAUUCAAAGUGGAAAGCAAACUACUGUUACUCUUCCAAAUUAUGACAGGAUGGAAUUAAACAAGGAUCAACAUUAACGUCACGGGUUUUUUCAAACGAAAAAUAUCAGACAGUAUUCAAUCUGCAUGAGUUCUAUGCGUAUUUUUUUAUCAUAAUUCUCCAAUAAAAUAUCAGAAUACA